GCCCCCGAGGCGGGCCGGGGCCGCCCUCCGCCGGGGCUGAGGGGAUGAGCCGUGCCCCGCCGGGGGGUCGCUAGCGGAAGGAUGACCACUCCCGCCCUGCUGCCGCUCUCCGGGCGGAGGCUGCCCCCGCUGAACCUGGGGGCCUCCGCCUUCCCGCACCACAGGGCUACCUUGAGACUCUCCGAAAAAUUUAUCCUGCUCCUUAUUCUUAGUGCCUUCAUCACCCUGUGCUUCGGGGCGUUCUUCUUCCUCCCCGACUCCUCGAAGCAUAAGCGCUUUGACCUGGGCUUGGAGGAUGUGCUCAUUCCCCACGUGGACACCAGCAAAGGGGGCAAGAACCUCGGCGGCUUCCUUAUCCACGGGCAAGGGCACGACGAGCACCGGCACAGAGAAGAAGAGGAACGUCUGAGAAAUAAGAUCCGAGCAGAUCAUGAAAAGGCUCUGGAAGAGGCUAAAGAGAAAUUGAAGAAAUCGCGGGAUGAGAUUCAAGCUGAGAUUCAGACAGAAAAGAACAAAGUCGUGCAAGAAUUGAAAAAGAAAGACAGCAAGCCACUGCCCCCUGUUCCUUUACCAAACCUGAUAGGGAUACACAGUGGAGAACCAGCAGACCCAGAUAUCCGAGAGAAGAGGAACAAAGUUAAAGAGAUGAUGAAGCAUGCCUGGGACAAUUAUAGGCAAUAUGGAUGGGGACAUAAUGAGCUCAAACCAAUUGCCCGGAAAGGACAUUCCACCAACAUAUUUGGAAACUCACAAAUGGGUGCUACCAUAGUAGAUGCAUUGGAUACUCUAUAUAUCAUGGGCCUUCACGAUGAAUUCAGAGAAGGACAAGAAUGGAUUGACAAAAAUCUUGAUUUCAGUGUGAAUUCUGAAGUGUCUGUUUUUGAGGUCAAUAUUCGCUUCAUUGGCGGUCUUCUAGCAGCAUACUACCUUUCAGGACAAGAGGUUUUCAAGAUCAAAGCAGUGCAACUGGCAGGAAAACUUCUUCCAGCCUUCAACACACCUACGGGUAUACCAUGGGCAAUGGUGAAUCUGAAAAGUGGUGUUGGUCGAAACUGGGGCUGGGCUUCUGCUGGCAGCAGCAUCCUUGCUGAGUUUGGUACUCUGCACAUGGAAUUUGUCCAUCUCAGCUAUUUGACAGGGGACCCUGUAUAUUACAACAAGGUCAUGCACAUUCGGAAGUUACUUCAAAAAAUGGAUCGUCCUAAUGGACUUUAUCCAAAUUAUUUGAAUCCAAGAACAGGCCGGUGGGGUCAGCAUCACACAUCCGUGGGCGGGCUGGGAGACAGUUUUUAUGAAUAUUUAUUGAAAGCCUGGCUUAUGUCAGACAAGACGGACACGGAGGCAAGGAAAAUGUACGACGAUGCAAUUGAGGCCAUAGAAAAGCAUCUCAUCAGAAAGUCCAAUGGAGGACUGACCUUCAUUGGGGAGUGGAAGAAUGGGCAUCUUGAAAGAAAGAUGGGCCAUCUGACCUGUUUUGCAGGUGGAAUGUUUGCCCUUGGAGCAGAUGGUUCCAGAGAUGAUAAAGCUGGACAUUAUUUGCAGCUCGGAGCUGAAAUUGCACAUACAUGUCAUGAGUCAUAUGACAGGACAGCAUUAAAGCUGGGCCCAGAAGCAUUCAAAUUUGAUGGUGGCGUGGAGGCGGUGGCUGUACGGCAGAAUGAGAAGUAUUACAUCCUAAGGCCAGAGGUGAUUGAGACCUACUGGUAUAUGUGGAGAAUCACCCACGAUCCCAAGUACAGGCAGUGGGGCUGGGAGGCAACACAGGCAAUUGAAAAGUAUUGCCGAGUUAGUGGUGGCUUUUCUGGUGUCAAGGAUGUCUAUUCCUCAUCUCCUACAUACGAUGAUGUACAGCAGAGCUUUUUCCUUGCUGAAACUUUGAAGACAGAGACUUCAUGCGCUUUGAACCCUGGCAAGACAUGGAAUCUACAGAUAAUAUUAAUGCAGCAGCAUGAGGAAGAAGAGGCUUUCCCAUCUAGGGUGAGGAACUUACUUGCUGUUGCAAGGAACAACACACAGUCACCUCUUCAGAUUGGGUGGGUUCCAAAUACCUAGGUUUUCUUUUAUUUUUCUUUCUUUUUUUUUUUUUUUUUUUUUUUCUUUUUAAUGAUGGCAUGAACAAAGCAACAACAAAAAGCACCACCACUGCACCAGCAGCAUCAGGAUUUGAAUUUCUUUCUGUACCUGUCUGAAUUUUCUAAGGAGCUUGUCCAGACUGGCAGCCAUUCUCAGAGCCUCUAAUCUGUUACAUCUAAACUCUAAAGUACAAAAAUUAUUGCCUCCUCAUUUUCCCUUUUAAAAAUAAUGCUUAUAUCCAAAAAGAAAAAAACAAUUAGUAAGCAUUUGGAUUGUAGUUCACUGUCAGCAGAGUGGGCUUAGCUCAUUUGGCAAGCUCAGAGUCUGGAGCAUAUCACAGGAGUAGGAAGGAGUCUAAGUUUCCCUUCCUCACAAAUUACGUCACAUGAAAAAAAAACAUUCUCUUCUUAGUACUGGUUCCCUUAGCUAAAUAAACAGAGAUGACAAUGUGAGCACAACUGUUUUGUGAUUUAUAUAGGAGGCUACAGUAUAUGGAACUAAAAAAAGCUCCCCUUGAGCUAAGCAGUGAGAGUUUGAUGCUCUGUAUUUUUGUACACAAUCUGUUACAUUUCAUUCUUUGGAUUAUAGUCAGAGAACCUUCUUUGCAGGUAUAUAUGUGUCUGACAGAAGCUUAAAACUGCCUUUGAUUUAUGUAACAAAACUUGCUUUUCUGGGUGCUCCAGUACAAAUCCAACAUGAGCUUUGGAAACAAACUAACGUCUCUCACAUGUGACUGGAAAAAGAAACUGAAGAGUCUCUUCUUUCACUAAUUUAUGAUGCUGCUAUCUGCAUGGGAUUUUUUCAAGUACUUCAUGGUUGGACUGGAUAGUAUCAUUUAAAUGGUGUCUUUUUCAGUCUUCAUUUAUUUGCUAAAAAGUUUUUUCUUUCCAGAUUUUUCAUCCUUUCAGUUUUGUCUUUUUCAAUCUCUUUUUACUAUUGUUUAGAACCCUUACAGCUCAAAUUAUUCUUUUUUAUCCCCCCAUAUAGCUCUCAAAUCUUUUUGCCAUGGUGACUGGCACCUUUGGUGAAAAACAGCCUUUAGGUCCUUUAGGUACUGGUUUCCCUCCUAAUUAAUGCACAGGUUGAGUCUUUAAAAAAUCUUGAUGAUGUUUUUGUACUGAAGUGGAAGAACUCUUCAGUGAGCUACAGUGGUACAGCAUCAGAUUUAAAGGAAGUGAAUACUAUUUUCCCUCCUCAUAAAUGUUUUUAUAUGAAGUUUUAUAUAAAAAAGACUUUUGUCCCUGUCAUACUAUUAUACGCCUGACGGUAGAGUUUCCACACAAAAUUAUUCUUCAUUUUUCUGUGUCACUUAGACAUAGAAAUCAUCAUAUGAUCUAAGUAAAAAUGCUAUCAGAUGCUUUUUUUCCAGACAGUUACUUGAGUUUAAGAGGAAAAAAACAUGGAGCUUGGGAAAUUUCAGUUUCAAUGUUUGUACCUUAAUAGCAGUUACUUUGUUACAGUAAUUUUCAGCAAUAUGCUAAAAAUAAUUUGAGAACAUAUAAAGUAAUUGAUAUAGUAAAUAAUACUGAUUUCAGUUAUUGUUUAUUUAAAAUUAGAAGUAGCUUAAUAAAUGGAUUCUUCUUUCUGGCCCCACGUUAAUUUAUUUUUCUAAUUAUUAUUCAGUGACUUACUGAAGAACUAGUAAUUUUUCAUUUUCCCAAGUUCAGAUAUGCUGUGUUUUCAAAUUGUUUUUCUGAUCCUAUGAGAACUGUUAUUAGUUUAAAAGUGCAGUUGACUGCCUUGUUCUCCGACAUGUCUCUGGGUAUAUAGGAGACAGAGGAAAAGCAGACCCCCUUGUUAAAAAAAAAAAAAAAAAA